AAGAUGGCGAGGCUCUGCUCUCGCGCAGGUACUCGAUUCCACAGGGUGCGCCUCCGUCCUUGAGUCUCGUUGUCUUCUGUGACUGCUGCUUCUCAUCCUCUCUUUCCUCUCCCCACCACCUGGUGGCGCAGGAGAUGGGGCUGGCGCGCCUGCCAUGGCGCCCCGGAAGCAUAACGACAGUGUCUUGACGAAAGCGUGGUGCGUGUGCGGCCUGGUGGUGAGCUGGAUUGCCGGAAUGAGCGCGCUGCUCGCGGGGGGCAUCUAUCUCUACGGCGAGCUCCGAGAUGGGAACGCCGCUCAUAUCAGCAUGUCCGACACUUGGCGGGAGGUGCUGCCCUUGGGACUGAAUAUCUUCGUGACGCUGCUUAACGACAGCAUGGGUUACAUCCAUACCUGCUCCCUCCGCUGGUCAUUACAUCGGGAAGGCAAACUCGACUUCAACUCGAAUCUGCGCCUUCUCACCUCGGCGAAACGCAACCGCCCCAACAGCGCCAUCCCCAACGCCAUCUACCUGGCCGGUAUCGUCCUCUCCUAUGGAUCAACAUCGCUCAUUUUCUUGAGCCUGAACCCCCAGCUGGCGCGCCUGCUGGGCAAGGAUUACGACAACGCCGACGUCAACGGCGUCCACAUCAACUCCAUCGCGCUCUUCACCCUGGGGGGCGGCUUCUUGCUGCAGGCCAUCAUCACGAACUGGGCCCUGGCGCAAACGGACAUCCCGACCUGGAGCUCCAACCCGCUCGACGUCGCCCUGGCCUGCACGUACGAGCACGACGGACACCGCGUGGUGCGGCGGGUCGGAAGGUGUAUGAUGGGCGUCCACCUCACCAAGAAAAUCCCCGGGUUGUACAAGCCAAUACCGAGGCAGCGGCCCAUGAUCACGGCACACCCCCACGUGCGCUGGAUCCUGGCCCUUCUGUGGGCACUGCCGAUCCUAAGCGGCAUCUGGGGCGGUGGGGUAUACGCCUACAUCCUGCGAGACGCCCGAAAGGGCGUCUUGGGACGGUCGUGGUCGCUCCUCCCGGUGUUUACCGGCAACAUUGACACGAACUGCCGCACCCACCAGUGCACCGAUGGCACCUCGGUGCUCAAUGUCGGCUGGAGCGCGUCGAAUGGGACAGCCGGGACCGUGGGCGCCGUUUUCCUCAUUAUGGGUUUCCAAUCUGUCGUCACGCUGUCUCUGCACUGCGCGGAGCUGAUCGUCAACCUGGCCCGCGACGAGAAAGUGUACCGUGCCCUCAUCGGACCGAAAGGCACCAACGGGCACUACAACUCCAUCCUCGCCGCCUGCACGUCGUGGCGGACGCUCUUCUUGUUCGCCCUCAAAGCCGGGGUCCACUGGAUGUUCGGUCUCGCCAUCAACCUCCAGUUCCGGCUCGGCGUCAACAUGCAGCCACCCCAGAUCUUCUACUUCGCCGGCUUCUCCCUGGCCGCGGCCGUCUUCGGGCUGCUGCUCUCCUUGUGGCGCCCCGGCGGCUACCUGCCGCCGUCGUACGGCCACGUGCAGACCAUCGUCGACAUCGUCGACGAAUGGGCCCCGUCGGGGUGCAUGUAUUGGGGCGAGAAGGACGCGGUCUACCCGGGCUACACCGGCACGAGCACGCACCCGCUCCCCGAGCCCAGCGAGACCCGAUUGUACGGCGGCCAGCACGACGGCCGCCACCCCGGGCCAGCGUGGGCCAGCGCGGCGCCGACCGAGCUGCGUAACCUCAGCCCGUCACCCACCACGCCGACCGUAUAUUCCCCUGGGUUCACGUCUCUGCACCCGUACCAUAGCCAGUGGGCUCAGCAGGCGCACCAGGCGCAGAACCGGUCGAGCCAAAACAGCUUGAACAGCGCAUAUUCGGGCAGAUCUGGCCGUUCGGGACGCUCCGGCUACAGCACGCAGAGCACCCAGCCACUUCUGUCAGGCUAUAAUAUCGGUUAGUGAGCACUCUGGCGGACUUAAUCAUCUUUGGCGCGGGGUGUUUUGGAUUUCUUCGGGAGCAGGCAGGUCAAGAAGAAAGCGGUGCCGGGUGUCCUCUAGAUCAGUGUAAAACAGAAAAAGGCAGGACUUGGGCGCUUUGGAUUUCGUGUUUUUAUUGCAUGAACAAGCUUGAACAACGGUUGAUAGAUGCUGCUGAAAGCUGCCUGACCAUGCGGGAACUUAGCACUGUUCAAAUUGGGCCGGGCAAGUUCAAUGAAAGGGUUCUCUGUUCCGUGGUAUCCGUGCUUG